AUGAACAUCAUAAAAGUAGAUAUAGAUAAGAGUUGGAUCUCAAGGCCACGAGGUAGUGUCGAAUACAAGGCCGGGUUGAACAAAUUUUUGGAUUUCGCAUUUGCGAAUGCAUCCUCCGAUGGGAUGAUACAUUGUCCAUGUCCUUCGUGUGGGUUCCGGCUAUUCCAAACUAGAGAGGAUGCAUACGAUCACUUGCUGUUAAAACCGUUUCCUGCUAAGUAUACGUUUUGGUUACAUCACGGGGAGAGACGCGUAGGAGAGAGUUCUACUGAGACACAAGAAACUGACCCUAGUAGCGUCUACCGAGAUCCAAUGCGCGACAUGGUUCGUGAGGCAUUCAACUUUCCAGGUUCUGUUGUUGAUGAAGAUGACUCGAGCAACGAAGAUUUUGAGGGGGAUGCCGAAGAGUUGCCUUAUUUGUACAGUGAACUUAGUCAGGUGGCCCAUCAUUUUGAUGAGCUGCUUGAGGAUGGAGAGCAGGAAUUGUAUCCGGGUUGUGCAAAAUUCUUGAAGUUGGCUUUCUUGGUCAGGCUAUACCAUAUAAAGUGCAUGUGCGACAUGAGCAACAAGGCAUUUGGAAUGAUACUAGAGUUACUGUGUGAGGCCUUUGAGCAUGCAGAGAUUCCGAUUUCACUGCACGAUGCCAAUAGGAUCAUACGAAAGCUCGGUAUUGCGUACAAGAAGAUAGAUGUAUGUUCGAAUGACUGCAUUCUAUAUCAGAGCAGCGAUCAAGAACUGUCUAGGUGCAAGAUAUGUGGGACCUCGAGAUGGAAGCAAAAGACUAGGAGGAAUUCCAUUGUCCAGAUCAAUGUGGUUGCUAAGAAGAAUGGGAAGCCGCAGGCAGCGAAGGUUCUUCGUUACUUUCCCCUUGUUCCACGACUGCAGCGGAUGUUCAUGUCCAGUAAGACAUCUUUUGACAUGUUGUGGCACAAGAAAGGUCCUAACUCGGAUGAUUUUUUAAGGCAUCCACGAGACGGAGAGGCAUGUAAGGCAUUUGAUAGAAGAUAUACUCACUUCAGUGGCGAUCCACGCAGCGUUCGCUUAGCCUUAGCUAGCGAUGGCUUUAAUCCCUUCGGAAAUCUCAGCUCAAGGUACUCGAUCUGGCCCGUGAUUCUCAUCCCCUACAACCUGCCCCCAUGGAGUUGUAUGAGACCCAGCUCUUUCUUGCUGUCUAUGAUUAUCCCCGGUCCCAAGAUGCCUGGUAAUGACAUAGAUGUCUACUUACAACUGUUGAUAGAUCAGUUGAAGCAGCUGUGGGGUGGUGUUGAUACGUAUGACGCUAGCGAGAAAAAAACAUUCAAGCUGCAUGCUACGUUGAUGUGGACAAUUAGCAAUUUUCCAGGGUUGGACAACUUAUCUGGGUAG